AUGAAACGCCAACCGAGUCGGCUGAGCUGGGUGACCCUACCAAAGAAGAAUCGGCAGAGCUGGGGUGACCCUACUAAACAAGAAUCGGCAGAGCUGGGUGACCCUACCAAAGAAGAAUCGGCUGAGCUGGGUGACCCUACUAAACAAGAAUCGGCAGAGCUGGGUGACCCUACCAAAGAAGAAUCGGCUGAGCUGGGUGACCCUACUAAACAAGAAUCGGCUGAGCUGGGUGACCCUGCCAAACAAGAAUCGGCUGAGCUGGGUGACCCUACCAAACAAGAAUCGGCUGAGCUGGGUACCUCCUCGAACUCGGAUUUGAAAGCUACAGCCAUGGCGAACACCCAGUCGUCCAUUAUCACUAGUAACGGUGGUGGACCGUCGCCAGCAGCUAUCGCCGGUAUAGUUGUGGCGGGUGUCGUGGCCGUUGCCGUCGUGGCUGUCUUCAUAAGCUAUCGUAAGAAUCAGCAGCGACAGCGUGAUAUUAUGCAAGACGGUGUGAUCGUAUAUGCCGAUAACAACAGCUUUAGUCCAGUAGACGAGGCAAUUUGGCUUGACCGUCUCAAUUAUUUUCGUACCACGGGCUUACCUUGGUCAGCAGCAAAUAUGCAACGAAUUGGAUGGAAGAAUGACUUGGCAAAGACUGCUGCUUCUAGUGCAGCCAAGUGUUCAGCUACGACAGGACCAGGUGUGAAUGUAUACCAGUCAUCAUCAUUAUCAUCUACGUCAUUGUCUAUUAUUGACGAAGCUAUUCAGGAAUGGGUGGUUGAGACGUCCAUGAAAACACUCAGGACACUUGCACAACCAGCUAACAUGCAGACUGUAUUGGUUGAGGCGGCACGUCGGAUUGCCAAUGGUGAAAAGCCACCGACGGUUCCGCCUGCUGCUACGACAGCAACGCCGACCUCCUCAUCUUUGAAGACACCUUCGAAAACGCCUUCGACUCCGUCGUCGUCAAAGACGCAUUCAGUUAGCUCGAAUGAGGAUGUUGGUGAUACCAAGAAAAGUGCAACGGAGAAGACUCCGUCGUCGUCAAAGACGCAUUCGGUUAGCUCGAAUGAGGAUGUUGAUGAUACUAAGAAAAGUGCAACGGAGAAGACUCCGUCGUCUUCAAAGACGCAUUCAGUUAGCUCGGAUGAGGAUGUUGGUGAUACCAAGAAAAGUGCAACGGAGAAGACUCCGUCGUCUUCAAAGACGCAUUCGGUUAGCUCGGAUGAGGAUGUUGGUGAUACCAAGACUAGUGCAAUGGAUGAGACUCCUUCACCUUCAACGAAAACCGGUAAGGAGUCGACGUCUACAUCAAAAAAACCCGACAAAACUAGUACGCAUUCUUCUAUGGAGACCUCAACGGAACAAGAGGAAGACUUGGUACCUGGAACGGUCAAGGCGAGCUCUGACAAAGGCUCGACCUUUACAAAUGAGAAACCGUCGACAAAGAAUCCGACUUCGAGCAGCCCUACCAGCACUUCAAGCAAACCAGAUAAUGAUGAGAGUUUACCACCUACCACCCCAAUGUCUGGCUCAAGUCCUGCACCGAGCACAAUGACUGUCACUCAGCAUAAGGGCGUUGAAUCGAACAUCUCGGUUGCUGGUAUAACUGGAAUAUCCGUGCUUGUUAUCGUUUGUAUUGCGGCUUUUGGUGUGGUCAUGAGCUAUAAGAGGAACCAGCGACGUCAACGGGAAAUUAUGCGGGAUGGCGGUAUUCGGGUUGAUUAA